UCCGCAAUUUCGGGGUCUCCAGGAACCGCCCCCAUGUCCCCAGUCGUGGUGUCCCCCUGACCCCACUGUGUCUCCCCCCAGUUUCAAUGUCCCCGUGACCCCUCGAUGUCCCCUCCCGCAGGUGAGCCAGCUCAAAUUCUGCUGUCCUCCCCCAGGUGUCACUGACCCCAACGUCCCCUUCAGUUUUCAGUGUCCCCAGUGUCCCAAAUGUCCCUGAUACCCCACUUGACGUCCCUCCCCGAUGCCCUCGAUGUCCCCACUGCUGUCCGCACAGGUGAUCCAGCUCCGGGCCGCCUUUGCCCAGGGCCCUGCGGUGGUUCUGGCUCUGGAGCUGCUCGUGGGGGACCUGGGGGGGCUCCUGCGUGCGGCCCCUGCCCCGCUGCCUCCCCCCCGCGUGAGGGCCCUGCUUGCCAUGACCCUGCGGGGGCUGGGCCACGUGCACGACCACCGCCUGCUGCACCGGGACCUCAAACCGGCCAAUCUGCUGCUGGACAGUGCUGGGCACCUCAAGCUGGCGGAUUUUGGGCUAGCACGGGUGCUGGGCCCCUCCCCAGGGCGCCCCUACAGCCACCAAGUGGCCACCAGGUGGUACCGAGCCCCCGAGCUGCUCUACGGCGCCCGACACUACGACGAGGGUGUGGACUUGUGGGCCGUGGGCUGCAUUUUCGGGGAGCUGCUGACGCUGUCCCCGCUGUUCCCUGGGGAGAACGACAUUGAACAGCUCUGCUGUGUGCUCAGGGGCCUUGGCACACCCAGCCCACGGGACUGGCCGGAGCUGGCAGAGCUGCCGGACUUCCCGAAGCUGCGGUUCCAGCCACAGGCGCCGCCACCGCUGGAGCUGCUGGUGCCGGGCGCUGACGCGGCCGCGCUGGACCUGCUGAGGCGGCUGCUGCGGUACCGGGCCCGGCUGCGGCCACGGGCA